AUGGUGCUUAGGAUGGCGAUACUCACUGACGAUGCCGGCGAAACGUUUUGGAAUGUUCCACGUCCACGGUUCAGACUUGCUAUUUACCCCGACCCCUCUCUUUCGAUGGGCUUAUCCGACUCUGGCCUACAAUCCGCAUUCUUUCUUUGUCUCGUAGAUCCGUUCCUUAUUAUUCUGGUUGACCGAUUUCCAUUGGGUCCACUCCCUGUGUGCAUUUCACUCCACGCGCUAUUUCUCAAGGCCCUAGAAGGAUAUACACUGCCGCUUCAGUUAGCAGAACGCUUAAGCUCUGAUUCCCAUGCUUCCAGAUAUCAGGCCUUCCUUACACUGGUCGUCUCCUUGAUUAAGCACAUGUUAUUUGAGCAAAAUGUGGACGCCUAA